UAAAAUAAUUAAUUUAAAAAAAAAAGAAAAUUCUAGGCCUUUCCCCUUCUUCGUUUCUUAUGGUUACCCACCUUGCUUCGCAACCACAAACUCAAAAUUCUAAAGCAAAAAGACGGUAUAAAUGGGCUCAACAAACUCCAAAUCCAAAGCCUCAAUAGCCAUCUCUUCUUCUUCGCGAUUGUUUUCAAAACGACUCUUGUUCGACCGCCGCUACGGAUGGGUGUUUGACGAAUGGAAGAGCCCAUCUGAAGAAGCUCUCGCUGGAGGCCGGGGAAUGUUUUGCAUAUUGCCUGUAGCAAAAGCUCUCUUAAAGAUAGCUUCAGACUCGAUCAACCUUGCAGCAAGCUCUGCUGUUGAAGUGUAUGAGAGGCCAGACCUCUACUCUCCUCAGUCACUGAAGGCUAGUUUCAAUGGUUGGCUUCAGAGCAUCUCAUCUUAUGUUCAGAAGCCACAAUUCAACCGUCUUAAAUUCAAAGAAAAUUCUACAUAAGAUCCUAUCAUUUACUCUUCAAAUCUGCAUACGGGCAACAGAGAAUGACAAAAGGCUUAGGUAUGAAUAUCUGACCUGUAUUUUUUCUCAAUCGGCAAUCAGUGUUGCAGGUAUAUGUAGGCAUGCAAAUGGGUUUUUAUUUGCUGAAACACCAGAAGGUAUACCUUGCAACUGACUCGCUAAAAUGGCUCUUGAUCCUCGUACAUUUAUUACUAUUGUGGCUACCAUUUUCAUAAUAUAUUCUUUGAUUCUGUAAAGCAACGACAAUUUAGUACCAGAAAGCAUAAACCAUCUUUUGCGGAUUAUCUCAUUCAUAAUAAAAAGUUCCCCAUCCUCACUGAAAGUUCUACAAA